AUGCAUACCGCUCGACUUCUCAAGGAGUCCUCCAAGGGCAUGAAGCCCUCCGUCGAUGUCGUCCCUCUCAUCACAUUCGUUUCUGGUGGACUCAUUGGUGGCACCUACAUGGCCUUCCGCAAGCUCACUACUGACCCGCAUCUCCGUCAUCAUGUCCGCCGUAAUAUCGAAGGUGUUUAA